AUGGCCGCCAUCUUGUUUAGAUCCACCGCUUAUAGCUUCGGGCUCAUGAUGAAAGACAUACCGCUGGAUCAUAACGAGCCCACGGUGUUGCCGAAAACGAAGAGGACUGAAGAUUUCGAGUUGAGAGGUGUAUUUUGGCUGCGGCUUGCAUUUGAAGACUUCCCGGGGGUUACUGAAUAUGCCAUCAUGGGUGAUGAGGAGGUGACAAAUGUCAGGCUAAGCAUAAAGGAAUCUUUGAAGAAAUUGGAAGAAUAUGAUAUAUACCUCAGGUCUAGACUAUCUGAUAUCAAGUCUACAAAAGAUGGGGUCAGGUGCAGCCUUGAUAAAGCUCGUGAAGAGGUUGCUUUGAAAUUUGCUGCUAUCCAGGAUGAAGUUCUGCAGUGUUUGGAUUCACGUCAGAAGGAAAUCCUCCACGCUAUUGGUGAUAUUGAACGCAAAGACUUAGAGCCUCUGGGUAACUUAGAGGAGAAGAUAAACAGUGAUCUCGAGAAUGUGUUGCGACUAGCUGCUGAAGGGAAUACCUGCUUAGAGAAAGAAGACUCUGUUCUACUGGCUGAAGCAGAAAAAGUCAAAUCUGAACUUGUCGUUCAUCCAACAAGGUACCCUGACAUUCCUUGCUUGUCCCAUACACUGUCAGUCUCAUUUGGUGACACGACACAGCCAUUGAUUGACAUCGUUAAGCUGAUAGGCGAGGUGUCCAUGACGGGAUCUCUACAGAUCGUUGACAUGACAGAACAGCCUGGUGGAAUGCUUGUGCAAUGGGAUGAUGAGACAUUUUCAGACAACGAAUCAUUUACAGACUACAGCGGCAUCCAAGAGUACAUGUUACAAUACUGCCGCACCCUGGACAGGGGAAACAAUGAAGCAGCUGCUGUGUUCAGUACGGUGUAUAGCGGCGAGGAGAUGUCCCACAUUGUGACAGACCUUGAACCCCAUGUGUCAUAUACCUUCAGGGUCUGUGGCAGGUUUGGCAAGGAUGGAAAGUGGAGCUCCUGGAGUAUUCCAAGGAAGGGGAUAACUACCCUGGAGCCACACGAGUGGUCGACGGAGGACUGCGUGAACGCAAACAAACUAAUAGUUUACCAACUGAGUAACGACAGACGAACGGCUACCAAGGUUUUCCCCGACAGCUCUAAGCUACUCCGCUCUCGCACGAUGAGCUAUCGCAUAGAUACGUCACUCAAGUUCACCAUUGCAGAGACGGGUGACCCUAGCAACGGCGACGGACUGGGACUGACCACGUCACAUUUCGACUUCAGUAACCCCAAGCAAAGUCUACAAUGUUCCGGAUGUACAAGUAUUAACUCCAAAGGUCUUGUUUAUGUUAACGGGUCUUGCAUGAAAACGAGGCUUCCGCCCUUUAAAAGAGGAAGUGUGGUCGCGCUGGAAGCCAGUAAGCUGUCACCUGGUAAACUACGAGUGUCCAUCAGCGUGGAUGACAAGCAAGUGACGUUUGAUUGGCAGCUUCAGGAAAAAGACGACUGCACGAAGUUGUUUUUCGCGAUGGGGUUCCAACACUCAGGAUGGCAAGUCUCUGUUGGAAAUUAAAUUACUAGAAAAACAAAAAUAUUUUUAUUAAAUCAUUAGAUUCAUUUUUCGAUUUGAAACUGAUCUCUGGUAUGCAUUUUUGUAUUUUAUUUUCAAGUGUUUUAGAUUUUUAAAAAAAAGAUUGUGUUUUGGUGGAAAAAUGGCCACAAGUUGUACUGAACGGGAAAUUUCGCUUUUACAGUCCUCUAGUAUUUGGUUACCGCUGUCGUUGGCCGUUUAGGCGCGCUACAAAGUCGCGUGACUUUUUGUUAAUUCAAGCCAACAUACAACAGAAAUGGCUGCGCCUUUCACGCCAGAGAGCGACGGAGAAAAUUAAAUCUUUUAAUGGAAUAAGCCCUUUCUGACAAAGAAACGUUCUGCGCAUUUGUAAGCGCUGAUUAUUUUUUUUUCUUAUUUGUUGUUAUUUUGCAACUAAAAGCCGGAGGCGUGUGCGAGUUUGCCCCCUUAAAACCACCUGAUUUCUUAGUCCAUCCCCGCUGAUGCACUGAAAACACGUGUCCACACAGAUACCCUUUCGGGGGCCCUGUGGACGGUCCAAAACGGAGCCUUUUGCGCGCGCGAUGAAGACAGGCAAAAUGGCGGGGAAACGCAUGCCCCGGAGGCUUGUGGGAUACGGGGUCUUGGAUGAAGCAAUAAAUAGUUUUAUUAUCAGAUCAUAGGUAAACCAAUCGCACCUAUUUACUUUCGAUCAAUCAAUGAAUAGUUGUAUAGGACAGGCCCGUACCCAGGAUUUUUCUGAAAAAGUUGAACUGAUUUUUCUGGGGGGAGGGGGGAGGGUGUUCUGAUAAAAAACCACACCCGAAAGAACAGAAAGGGAUUUUUAUACCUUUGCAGUAUCUCAACGGAACAUCGGAUUUGGUUACAAAAAAAGUCUGACUUGUGGAUUUAUGAGAUACCAGAGUGAUCUAGCUUAUGUUUUAUAGUUUUGUCUACAAAUAGUACGUCCAUUGGAAACCGAAAGUGGACCUAGGGCCGUUGUGGGGGAGGGUUGAGGGGGGAGAUCCCCGAAUAACUAUAAGUUACCAUCAUUUAAAAUGGCAAUCGCACCGGUUACUUCCGAUCAAUCAACGAAUAAUUACAAGUUACCAUCAUUUAAAAUAGCAAUCGCACAGGUUAACUUCCGAUAAAAUUACGGUUAUUUUUAACGGAAAUGGGGAAAAUAUUUUAAAAUUGUAAAAGCAGUGUGUCUAUUGGAAGUUUCUUCGAGGAUGUGAUUGAUAAUUUAAAGCGGAUGGCCUGUUAAAUAGCGCAGAUUCUGUUCCGUCGGCCCGCUGGAGUAGUAACGUGCUAUAGGAGCAGGAUACUGGAUACUAGAUUUAUUAUUUUAGCUAUUCCGUUUCAAAUAAAAAGUUAAAUACAAUAUAUAAAAAGAAUGCUAUUGAUAAAUUUGUUUUAAUCAAUCUUGAAUCUAUUAUUGUAAGAAAAAAAAUAUUUAGAAAAUAGCGUUAUGCACCUUAGAAUCAUACAAAUUUUACGACUGCAUGUCAAAAAAAUCCAUUUGUGAAGAUAAUCAAGACAACAUGAAAUAUAUCAUUCAGGAUGUGAACAAGAUAUUUGAAAAAAUAAAACAUUUGAUAUUUG